AUGGACGCGGGCCUCCGUCCCGUCACCGCGGAUGUCGUGGGCAAAUGCGCGCAGGCGGUAUCCCUCUGGGCCCAGCUGCUGGAGCUGCUCCUCCGCCGCGGCCACGGCAUCCUUCCCGCCAGCCCGGUGCGCCCGCACCCGGGCCCCAUCGCCCACCCGUCCCACGCCAAGCCUCACGCCGGCCCGGCCAUCGUGUCGCUGGGCCAGGACGCCGGCCGCAAGCGCGCGCGGCGCAGCGAGGGCUCCCGCACCUGCUCCAACUGCGGCGUGACCGUCACGCCCUUCUGGCGCAAGAGUCGGGCCAGCGGGCUGCCCCUGUGCAACGCCUGCGGCCUCUACUCGGCCAAGAACGGCGAUGCGCACCGGCCGCCCAAGCUGUGGCGCGAGGGACAGCCGGUGCCGCCCGGGGUCGGCGACGACGCGCGCGGCUCGCCCGCCGCCGUCGUGGGCGCGCAGGACGGGCGCGGCGCCUUCCACUCCACCGCGCGCGCGCCGGCGCCGUCCGACCCCGAUGCGGCGAGCCCGCCGGGGUCGUCCUGCGCCAGCCCCCGCGGCCCCGAUCCCCGACCCACGGCGGCGGAGGAGGGCUGCUCGGAGGCCGGCAAGUCCGCCUCCAGCAGCCUGUGCACCCAGGAGACGGAGGUGGCGCCGCGGGCCAGUGCGCUGGACGGCCUGGUGGCGGCGCUGAUGGGGCCCAUCCCUGUGGCGGCCCCGUGCUGA